AUGCCGUUGAUAAAACAGCUGGAGGAUAUUUUAGAAAAGCGCAAAGAUCGUAAUUUAUUACGCACACUAGUAGCAAAAGAUUUAAACCAGAUAGAUUUUUCAUCCAAUGAUUUCUUGGGUUUAUCAAGGAAUCAACAAUUGAAACAGUUAUAUAUAUCGGAAAUUUUAAAUUUACCAACAGAUGAACCAUUAUUAGGUUCAACAGGAUCUCGAUUAUUGGAUGGAAAUUCCCAAUCAGCAGACGCAUUAGAUGAUUAUCUCGCUGUGUUUCAUAGAGCAGAAUCAGCCUUAACAUUCACAUCAGGAUUUGAUGCAAAUGUAGGGUUUUUUGGAAGUGUUCCGCAACCUGGAGAUGCCAUUAUAAUGGAUGAAUUUAUACAUGCUAGCGUACAUGAAGGAGGUUUGUAUUCCAUGGAUGGUGAUGUUGCACCAUUAAAAGAAAUUGUUGAAAUUUCACAACCUUACAAUAAUGCACAUUCAACUGGAGUUUAUGGUAGACAAGGAAGAGGAAUUGUUAAUGAAUUAGGCUUAGAAGAUCAAGUAUUUGCACGUCUUCAUACAUUUGGAAAAGCAUUGGCUAGUAAUGGAGGUGCAAUACUUGGACCUAAAGUUCUCAAGUCAUAUCUUUUAAAUUAUGCUAGACCUCUGAUAUUUUCCACAUUUCUGCCAUAUAAUAACCUCAUUGGUAUAAAAUUAAUCGUAUUGUUUAAAUCCACCAUAAAACUACCAUCUCAUAUGUUAUUGUCAUCUAAUAGUCAAAUUCAAGGCAUCAUAAUUCCGGGAAAUGAAAAUGUUGUGUUUUUAAGUCGGCUAUUACAAAAAUCUGGAUAUAAUGUUAAAGCAGUUAGAUCACCAACUGUACCAAUCGGUAAAGAGCGUAUAAGAAUAUGUAUACAUGCGGAUAAUACGGAAGAUCAAAUUAAAAGUUUAGUGAAAAUUAUCGAGGAAAAUAUUUAUAA